AUGAAUGGUACCAUGAACCAGACAGAGGGACAGUACAGAGACGGCUAUGAGACAGCUUGGAAUGGCAGCAACACCUACAACAUCACACCUCGUAAUGUCACCACUGGCUUCCAGUCCCUCUUCUCCCCGGUUAUGGACAUGGCCAUCAGUGGCAUCACCAUCAUCAUCCUCUUCAUCACCAUGGUGUCCCUGGGCUGCACCAUGGAGAUCUCCAAGAUCAAGGCCCAUAUUCUGAAGCCCAAAGGUGUUGCCAUCGCAGUGGUGGCCCAGUUUGGUAUCAUGCCUCUCACUGCCUUCAGCCUGGCCAAAAUCUUCCAGCUGGGCCCCAUCGAGGCUGUGACCGUGCUGAUCUGUGGCUGCUGUCCGGGGGGAAACCUCUCCAACAUCUUCGCCCUGGCCCUGAAGGGUGACAUGAACCUCAGGUGGAACUCAUUGACAUUUUGAUCUGUCUGUUUAAAAAUUUUUUUAAAACAUUAUUAGGCUGCUAAGGUUUUCAGCAUAUUUAGGUCAGGACACAGAGUCCGUUAAAAUGUUGGACCAAAAAAGUAAUACAAUUGUUUCACAAUACAGAAAAAUCCAAAUGUUUUAAUAAUUUUGCACAUGGCAUGAAUGCUAAACUAAACAUAACAUGUUCUAUUGUUAAGAUUGGGCAAGGAUAUCACCGAAACUCAAUUACAAUUGAAAACUCAAUGGAAAUUAUAAAAGGUUUCAACCCCCCCCCUUCUCUUUAUAUCCUACAGCAUUGUAAUGACCACAUGUUCUACUGUUUUGGCCCUGGGUAUGAUGCCUCUGCUGCUCUUCCUAUAUUGCCACGGCUUCAAUAACUUGGAAAACGCUGUGCCUUACACUGGCAUCACCAUAGCUCUCAUCAUGACCCUAGCGCCCUGUGCCAUUGGCAUAGCCAUCAACCACCGGGUACCACAGUACUCUCAGAUCAUCAUCAAGGUGGGCUUGACUCCAGGUCCUGUAUUUUUGGCCAACAAAGUUACAUAUAUUAGGAUACAGUGGGGAAAUUUUUUAUUUAGUCAGCCACCAAUUCUGCAAGUUCUCCCACUUAAAAAGAUGAGAGAGGCCUGUAAUUUUCAUCAUAGGUACACGUCAACUAUGACAGACAAAUUGAGGAAAAAAAAUCCAGAAAAUCACAUUGUAGGAUUUUUUAUGAAUUUAUUUGCAAAUUAUGGUGGAAAAUAAGUAUUUGGUCAAUAACAAAAGUUUCUCAAUACUUUGUUAUAUACCCUUUGUUGGCAAUGAUACAGGUCAAACGUUUUCUGUAAGUCUUCACAAGGUUUUCACACACUGUUGCUGGUAUUUUGGCCCAUUCCUCCAUGCAGAUCUCCUCUAGAGCAGUGAUGUUUUGGGGCUGUCGCUGGGCAACACAGACUUUCAACUCCCUCCAAAUAUUUUCUAUGGGGUUGAGAUCUGGAGACUGGCUAGGCCACUCCAGGACCUUGAAAUGCUUCUUACGAAGCCACUCCUUCGUUGCCCGGGCGGUGUGUUUGGGAUCAUUGUCAUGCUGAAAGACCCAGCCACGUUUCAUCUUCAAUGCCCUUGCUGAUGGAAGGAGGUUUUCACUCAAAAUCUCACGAUACAUGGCCCCUUUCAUUCUUUCCUUUACACGGAUCAGUCGUCCUGGUCCCUUUGCAGAAAAACAGCCCCAAAGCAUGAUGUUUCCACCCCCAUGCUUCACAGUAGGUAUGGUGUUCUUUGGAUGCAACUCAGCAUUCUUUGUCCUCCAAACACGACGAGUUGAGUUUUUACCAAAAAGUUCUAUUUUGGUUUCAUCUGACCAUAUGACAUUCUCCAAAUCCUCUUCUGGAUCAUCCAAAUGCACUCUAGCAAACUUCAGACGGGCCUGGACAUGUACUGGCUUAAGCAGGGGGACACGUCUGGCACUGCAGGAUUUGAGUCCCUGGCGGCGUAGUGUGUUACUGAUGGUAGGCUUUGUUACUUUGGUCCCAGCUCUCUGCAGGUCAUUAACUAGGUCCCCCCGUGUGGUUCUGGAUUUUUUCUCACCGUUCUUGUGAUCAUUUUGACCCCACGGGGUGAGAUCUUGCGUGGAGCCCCAGAUCGAGGGAGAUUAUCAGUGGUCUUGUAUGUCUUCCAUUUCCUAAUAAUUGCUCCCACAGUUGAUUUCUUCAAACCAAGCUGCUUACCUAUUGCAGAUUCAGUCUUCCCAGCCUGGUGCAGGUCUACAAUUUUGUUUCUGGUGUCCUUUGACAGCUCUUUGGUCUUGGCCAUAGUGGAGUUUGGAGUGUGACUGUUUGAGGUUGUGGACAGGUGUCUUUUAUACUGAUAAGAAGUUCAAACAGGUGCCAUUAAUACAGGUAACGAGUGGAGGACAGAGGAGCCUCUUAAAGAAGAAGUUACAGGUCUGUGAGAGCCAGAAAUCCUGCUUGUUUGUAGGUGACCAAAUACUUAUUUUCCACCAUAAUUUGCAAAUAAAUUCAUUAAAAAUCCUACAAUGUGAUUUUCUGGAUUUAUUUUUCUCAAUUUGUCUGUCAUAGUUGACGUGUACCUAUGAUGAAAAUUACAGGCCUCUCUCAUCUUUUUAAGUGGGAGAACUUGCACAAUUGGUGGCUGACUAAAUACUUUUUUUCCCCACUGUAUAUCAAAUUGUGUUUCUAAUCAAUUUAUAUAGCAUGGUCUAAUUACUAAAGGACAUUAAUAAACAUCCUCUAAAAGCAUGUCUGAUUUGAUAGAGCUUUUACUCCACAGGUUGGUCUAAGCAUCUUACUGAUUGCCUCUGUGGCCAUUGGCGUCAUGUCAGGCAUCACUAUUGGGGGAACAGUGUGGGUGGUUCUCUCACCCCAACUCCUGGCUGCAGCUUCACUGAUGCCCCUGACAGGCUACCUGCUGGGAUACAUCAUGUCCACCAUCUUCAAAGUCAAUCAUCAGUAAGUGCACUGCUGUAUUCAUUGGUUCAAGGAUGGGACUGGGCCAAGGGGUAUCCAUUCAUAGUUAUCAAUAAUUAUAUACAGUUGAGCAAACCAUGUAACAAAUAUUUUCUCAGAUGCAGGAGGACUAUUUCUAUAGAGACAGGCUGUCAGAACAUCCAGCUGUGUUCCACCAUCUUGAAGGUGGCCUUUCCCCCGGAGGUCAUUGGGCCCCUGUAUCUGUUCCCGCUGAUCUACAUCAUAUUCCAGGGAGGUGAGGCGUUGCUUUUCAUCAUCCUCUUCAGAUGUUACCAAAGGUUCAAGCCACCAGCUGAGGGUAAGUGUCACAGCUGUCUGGGUAACACUAGGGUAGCGUGGCUCAGAGAACGUACUGUCCGCUUACCCCUGUUGUUGUUACAGUGUGCCAGACUGUUCGACAAAGGGAGAAAAUAUAGGCAGUCUUUCCUCUAAAGAAGUCUAUUUUUCUCUCCCAUAGCAAAGCCUUUAUACCUGGCAGUUGCCGGUAAAAUGGAGGAAGUAAAGGUUCUAUAGGUCCCAUAUGGGAGAGGCCCAUAGAGAUGGAGAGGUCACAGGAGGACAGCAGACCAAACUGAACAGGCCCAGGACAGGAGCCAAGACCCCAGCAUUGGAAAGGCAACGGAAGGGAGAGGGACACCUCAGACAAUCUGAGGACAGAAGAUGGUAGUCUAAUAUGGCCAUCGCUCAGUCACUUCAGUGACAUCAAUUGUAUGGCUUUUUAGGGCAACAUAACUGGCUGGGGAUGUGCAGCACAAUUUUACCAAUGCAACUGUAUACUGUAGGUGGAAUGCAGUGUCUAAGCCACUAGAUACUAACUGGAGGGGGGAAAAAUAGUAACUAUUUAUAUAGGCCAGAUUUUAUUUCUAGAGAUGUUAAUAAUGAAUAUGAAUUUAAAUAGUUUAUCUGCUGCCCAUAUUUUGCAUUUUGACACAAUAGGUUAUACCCAGGUAUUUUAUACUUAGUGUGUAAAUAUAAAAAAGUUAUAAUGUAGAUUAAGGUUUUAACCAAAUACAACGACAAUGGAGUGAUUUCUGUAGAGGACAUAAAAGCACCAUAAAGCUGUACACGGUCUCCAGCUUUGUUUUUGUGGCAGUUUUAUGGGAAAAAAUGGUGAUGUUUGUAAUUAAACAAGCCUCUAACUUUUCAGAAAAUAAAUGUUCAAGAAGUGGGUUCUAGAAGUCAAGACUAUGAAUAAAGUGCAUUACAAUGCCACCUAGUGCUGAAAGAAAGUCCACAAAACGUAGAUAUCAAACGGUUCAGUGAAAGAGAGGUUGAACUGUUGAAGAAUGGCAUUGGUUGACAAGGACAAAAACUUGCACAACUAAAAUUAUGUUUAUUCAAAAUUAUCACAGGGUAUAUACAGAGUAAAAUUAACAAACUUUUUUCAAAUAUUAAAAUACUAUCUUUACACCAAUUGCAUUGUUUAGUCCCAAAGCAACUGAACCCAUUUGAAUAGACAUGACACUAAGCUUCUGUACAUAACAAUAACUACCUGUUUUUAAUGAUUUAUGGUUAACCCAAUUAACUUUACAGUCUUACACAUAUGUCCUUAUGAGUCCACCAAGGUGGCAAUGUUAAAAGACCCGUCUUAAUAUCCUUUUCCAAGAAUUGUGGAAGCAUCCAAGCAACCAUGGCUGAUCAACAGCAUUCUGGACAUGAAUAUAUUAAAUACUCAAUUUAGUUUUCCUAGCUUAACUUAAUUAAAGCAUACUUUUAAACAAACCACAAAUAAAUAGAAAGUAAAAGUUGUCAGGUGUCCAAGAAACACCACCAACUAUGCUCCAAUUUGUUACAUCACUGAGCUGUGAAGACCGGAAAUUGACAUUCAUUUUUAAAUCCUUUUUUAGGAAUGAAACUCAAUACGGAUGUGUUUUGUGCAUAGAAGUGGAGCUCUAAGGCCAUCGGAGAAAAGGUGUACUGA